UUCACACACACACACACACACACACAAAGGAGGAGUUCUCGCUCCUCAGGAAACCCUGCAAGCUCGGAUCGCUACUACAAAAACAUUUGUCUCAGUGGAUUAUCCUCACUGUCAGCAGGAGCCCAGCCAGAAUGAAACUAGUUCACGUAGCCCUGCUCUAUCUCGGCUCCGUGACCUUCUUCGGGGUGGAUGCUGCAAGGGUGGACGUAGCGACAGAGUUCAAAAGAAAAUGGACGAAAUGGGCACUAAGCCGAGCCAAGAGGGACGUGAAGCCUGCGGGCUUGCUCCGAGGGCUGGGGGCAGCCGCCGACGUGCUGCCUCUCAUCCGCACCCAGGACGUGAAGGAGGAUUCCCGAGUCUCGCCUCCCAGCAACCGGGAGGAUGCUCACAUCCGCGUCAAGCGCUACCGCCAGAGCAUUAACAGAUUCCCCCACUUCCAAACAAAGGCGUGCCGCUUCGGGACGUGCACGGUGCAUUGGCUGGUCGACGAGCUCCACAGGGCGGCCGUCAACGACAGGAACGAUGCCGCCCCCCCAAACAAGAUCAGCCCCCAGGGCUACGGCCGCCGGCGGCGUUCCCUGCCCGAGCCCCGCAGCCCAGCGCGCUCCCCCAGCUCCGGGCGGCGCCCACGGACGCGCCGGGCGCAGCCCCUCGCCGCCUUCCUCGGAGUCUGAAGCGCCGCAGGAGCC